GAUUUUGCCAGUUAGAUUCAGGUUAUUAUAAUCCUAACCCUUCUGUUUCAAGAUUCUUUCUAUAUCAAUCAAAGAACAUCUAGUGAGGAAAUUUUGAAGUGGGAAUUUGUUUGUGUUUAUUGGUUGAUGAAAAAUUGAUAAUUGGAUGGCUGUACAAGAGCUGGUUGAGAUCAAAUUUAGGCUUGCUGAUGGAAGUGAUAUUGGGCCAAAUAAGUAUGCAUCUAGCACUACAGUGGCAUCUCUCAAAGAUAAGUUGAUUGCACAGUGGCCAAAAGAUAAAGAUAAUGGUCCAAGGACGACAAAUGACGUGAAGCUUAUAAAUGCUGGAAGGAUCCUUGAAAAUAGUAAAACUCUUGGUGAAACCAGACUUCCAGCCAUUGAAGUUCCAGGAGGUGUCAUCACUAUGCAUGUUGUUGUACGGCCUCCCGUUAAUGAUAGAAACAAUGAUAAGCUGAAGGACGAUUCCCUUAAAAAAGGCGGGUGUGCUUGUACAAUCUUGUAAUUCAGUAAUGGAAUUGUUCCACUUUUGUUAUAUUUCAUGGUGCUAUAUAAUUUUCAGUUGGAGAGUCUUUUGGAUGCAUUAACAAGUA